AUGCUUGCUUUUUACCGCGAGGGACAAUUUGAGGUCGUCGGCAAACAACAAACAAUACGCGUCUUGGACUACUUCUGGCAGCGGGGGCCCUCUCAUGGCUCCUCCCGAACAUCGGGAGGCCCGGCGAAAAAUGCCGACGUCUAUACGCCGGCAUACUCAAAAGUAUGGCCCUAUACGGGGCCUCCAUCUGGGCGGACUCACUGUGCAGACGGGAAAACGCUGCUGCUAUCCGCAGGACACAAAGGGCCAUUGCACAGCGGGUCGCAAGGGCCUAUCGCACAGUGGGUUUCGCGGCGGCGUGCGCUCUGGCGGGAACGCCCCCUUAGGAGCUCGAGGCUUGGGUGCUCGCCAGGGUGUACGACUGGACGGCGGGGCAGAGGGCGCGAGGAGGCGAGGGAGGCAAUAACUCAGCACUGGGCCGAUGAUCUCGCCUCUGCAACGUUCGGCCGCCGGACGCUAGACGCCAUCGGGCCCGUCCUCAAGGAUUGGCUCGAUCGGCGACAUGGUUGCCUCUCCCUGCGUCUGGUGCAGGUGCUGUCCGGGCAUGGUUGUUUCGGAUCGUACCUGCACCGGAUUGGGAGGGAGGAGACUCCGCAGUGCCACCACUGCGAGGCCGCGGUGGACACAGCCGAGCACACCUUGGAGGUGUGUCCAUCGUGGGACGCACCCCACCGCACCCUGAUGUCAGCGGUCGGAGACGACCUCUCACUCCCCAGCGUGAUUGCUGCCAUGCUGGGGAGUGCGGAGGCAUGGGAAGCGGUAGCCUCCUUCUGUGAGGUCGUCAUGUCACAAAAGAAGGCAGCGGAGCGCAUGCGGGAGGACGACCCUCUCGCGGCGCCGUUCCGCAGACGAAGAAGGGGCGGAAGACGGUGAGCACAGCGCCCGUCCGCAUCCGCCCCAGGGGGUGAUCAGCGGGCCACUGGCGGCAUCACAACUAUCACCCCCCAUGCUGCGGCCAUUAUAAAGCUCCCUACCCUCUGGGGGGGAGCGUGAGGGGCUUGCCGCAAGGCAGGCAGUCGCCGGUGGGGGACUGAACGACAUAGACCCCCAGGCCCCCUCCACUCGGGCGAGGUCGGAGUGCCGCUGGGUCUUUUUAGUGGGUAUACCGGGAACGCUGUUCACCGGGGAGUCCCACAUACCCCUCUCUCGCCCCCCGGCGGGAAGGGGAUGCGUAAACAGCAUUUUUUCCCAGCGACAAAAAAAAAAAAAAAAAGGAGCCAGCCAGCCGAGUGGGUCAAAUAAUUUAGAUAUUUCGGCUAGUAGGCGCCGUUUUGUUUGUUUCUUGUUCACUUCCGAAAUUGUGCAUUGAAAGGUGAAUUUAUCCUCUCUUGAGUUCCAGCACAAGCCUAAUGUUUUUAGGGUA